UUCCUUUAGAAGGUGUUUGUGGUGCUGGUGUCGCGGACAACAAUGUCCACGACUGUAACUUUGGAUAUCGAAGACUAGAGGUGUGAAGAGGUGCUGGACUGGACUUAUUUAGAUCCUGAGAGACAUGAAGAUGCUGACUCUGCACUUGUUUGUUCUACUGGGACUGAGCUGGACGAACCGAGCAGCGUCUGGUGACCCGUGGGCACAGUGUCCUGGCAGCAGAAAGUGUAAGGGCAAGUUUGGGGACGGGUCAUGUGACAGAGAGUGUAUGGAGCCCGAAUGCCUCCGAGACGGCCUGGACUGUCUUAAAGACAGAGGCCCCUGCAAUCCGGGCCACAUCCCGUACUGCAGCAACCACUAUGCCAACUCCCAGUGCGACAAGGGGUGCGACAGCGCCCCCUGCGGGUGGGACGGCAGCGACUGCUUCACGCACCAGAGCCCCCUGUGGGCCAAGGGCACCCUGGUAGUGCACACCAGCAUCGCGCACAAAGGCGGCGCCUUCACCAACACAACGCUGCUCUGGGCGCUCAGCGUGCUCCUGCGUACGCCGCUCAAACAGAGAGGCUCAGCCCCGCUCGCUGCCAACAGGAACUUGUUUGAGUUUGACCCCCAGCAGCUCGUUGACCUGUUGGCUCAAACAACGCCAGCGGAUUCUAACGGCUCCCUGGUUUUCCUCCAAGUGGACAACCGACCGUGUUCCCGCCAGCCCUCUACCUGUUUCCCGUACGCCACCGAGGCCGCCAGCUUCCUUCGCGCCGUCAUGCUGCUGAGGCCCACCCGGUAUCCCGCCCUCCAGGAGCUGAAGGCCGUCAUCGCUGUCCGAGGUGUGCAAGACGAGAUAGGCAGCAGGGACGAGGAAACGUGGAAGGAGGAAGUCAAAGAGCCGACCCCAGCAUGGUUAUGGGCCGUGGUUGCCAUAGCAGCAGGCCUGCUCCUGGCCUUGGCCAUGGUGGUCUUCCUAGUGGUGAGGAGGGUGAGGCAGCAGAGAAGGGAGAGAGAGAGUGGCGGCGGCAGCAGCAGUGGAGAUGGGCCCCGGGUAAGACACCGCUCCACCGCCACCUACAACAAGAAGGGCAAAUCCAAGCCCUGGACGCCGCACGCCACCACACAGCAGGAGCCCAGAGUGCGUUCGGGGCGGAAGAAUGAUAAGAUGGGCUUGAGGAAGAAGAAGAAAGCCAAAGAAGCGGAAAAGAAGAGAAGGAGGGAACCCCUCGGGGAGGACGCCAUGAGGAUGAGACCUCUCAAGAGGGACCCCGACAUCGCCAGCGACACAGACUUCACCCAGAGCUCCAUGGAGGACAUCAGCGCCAGGUGCGGCGACCGCCAGGACGACGCCUCCAUCUGCGACCGCAGGAGCCAGGAGCUGAAACACUACCGGGCUGGAGGCUCGCAGCCCCGCAGGCCAGCUCCUUCUUCAUCCGGAGGCUGGGAAAGGAACGCCAUACCGCCACCUCUGCUCAGUCCCCCUCAGCAAUCGGCAGAGUGGUGCGGACCGGACGGCUCUGUGGUUCUGAUCCGCGCGGUGCGUAGUGGACUGGACAGAGUCGUGCUGGAGCUGCUGAGAGCUGGAGUGCCUGUGAAUAACACGGAUCAUACUGGGAGAUCGGCCCUGCACUGGGCAAGCUCAGUUAACCACCUCUCCCUAACAAGGACGCUAGUACGCUAUGGCGCCGCCGUGGACUUGCAAGACAAUAAGGGUGAGACCCCUCUGUUUCUCUCCGCCUUCUACGGUUGCUACGACACCGCCCGGCUUCUUCUUCUUCAUGGCGCCAACCUCGAGCUGCAUGACCGCAGAGGGCGCCGCCCGGUGGACGUGGCCCGGGAAGGCCUGCAUCACCAAGUCCUGGAGCUCCUGUUGGCCCACCAAAUCCAAAGAGGGCCCACUCCCGUUGACUCGGCCAACGAGAUGCUGUGGGAAGAGCGCGCUUUGAUGUACUCGCCGUGGGUCGGCACGCAAGGAAUGCCUGGACGGAGCGCCUCCUUCUCCGGGAUGGUAGCGAAUCGAGAUAUGACGCCACCGCCACAGAGUAACUGGUCCAUGGGCAGUGUACAAUACCCGCCCCCUCAGAACUGGCGACCGCAGCUCAACCAAUCAGCAACUGCGCUGGUGCCUCCCAGAGUCAUGGGCCGCUCCCCUCGGCCAAUCAGCACCUUGCAGGAGGUCACCUCGGAGGACGAGGACCGGGAGAGGCAACAGGAAGUUCCCCGAGCAGUGACACCUCACUUCCUGUCACCCCAGCCGGCUCCCCGGCAGCGCUCCUUCUCGUGUACCCAGCAUGCCUUGCAGCGCCGCUCCAGCCCCCACCAGCUGGAGCCCAACUACCUGAUUGUGACAGACAGAGCAGCCAGUGAGCACACGGAAAGGGUGAUGAUGUCACCUCCUGUGGAUUCUGCGCCUCAAUCGGAUCGCCAGUCGGCGGCAAAUGGCGAUGACUCCAGUGGUUGCAGAGCGGAGCAAGCUCUCAUUAGCGCCUCCAAUACGGAGCCAAAACCUCAGUCGGAAAGGUCACACAACAACGCUGACGCCACACAGACGGCCUUGUGAAAGAAGCAAAGAGCAAUACAAUAUUGAUCAAUCAAUCAAAGUUUAUUAAGGCUUCACAAACCACAAGGACAUCCCCUGAUCUGAACCUAUUGUAUAUCCUACAAGAAAAACUCCAAUAGCCUGAUUAUAUCAACUUCCUGCCCAUUUGACCCAUUUGUUACAUAUCAAAUGUACAAACUUACACUGCUACUAUCCUUCUUAUAAAUUAUUCCUGACUAUUUUGUGUCUUUUCAAAGAUGGGACGGCGUGAGUUGUACAUUUUUCAUAAUAAAAUGUUUGAAGUAAA